GUCAGACCGUUUGACCCGAUCAGUGUGAGCUAGACAGUCGACCGGAUCGGUUCCUAGAAAAUUAAAGAAAACAAUCGCGAAAGUUAGCCUUUCCUCAUUUCGAACAUUGUUGUGAUAGUGAUAAUUCAGUGAUAAGACAGAAACAAAACCCAUUUCCAAGAAUGUACAAAUUUGCAUCUACUUCGUUGGUGGCCGUGGCGAUUUCGCUGGCACUGUUUACCAUUUUUGUCGAUCAAUCGGUCCAGGGAGCGGAAUUCAAGAACUGUGGAAACGAAACGAUCGGCAAAUUCACGCUGGUGGAGGUGUCCAACUGCAAGCCCGAUGAUCCGGUGUGCGUGCUGAAACGAUCCACGAAUGCCACCAUCUCGAUAACGUUCACAUCCGAGGAGGAGAUUUCCGACUUGAAGGCCAUCGUUCACGGAGUUGUCCUGGGAAUGGAAGUUCCAUUCAAGCUGCCCAACGAUAACGGCUGCGUAGACAGUGGCCUGGAAUGUCCUCUGGCCAAGGAUGUGGAACACAAAUACACCACCACGUUGCCCGUCCUGAAGCAGUACCCUAAGGUCUCAGUUGAAGUUAAAUGGGAGCUGAAAUCCACCGAUAAGGAGGUCCUGUGUGUACUGAUCCCGGCCAAGAUUCAUUGAAGUCAGUCAUCAGCCAUCAGCAUUGUGGAAAAUUUCUCAACAACAAAAAAGAUCUAGACACGCAUUGAAACCAAAGACGGAAAGCGCCAACAGAAAAAGGAUCAAUCAAAAACAAAACGUGUGCAACCCCCGACAGACGGCAGUUAGUGAAAUUGAAUUAGACUUAAGUACCUUCAAUAGCCGGCAAUUCAAUACUUUCCUCGGGUCAUCAAACACAAUUACCCUUCCACCAUCAUCGGAUCCAAACGGUCGUUUCGUCUUCAACCAAAUCAUUCGGAUAAACGUGGAACGAUUGUAUGACUCUCUUCAUCUCUCUCUACAAAGUAACUUAAGUAGCAUACAUUGAGCGUACUAUCCGGGAAAGGCAAGUCACUAUUUCCUUACUACCUGGAGACUUGACUAAAGUGCACCUAGUUUAGAGUAGGUUCUAACUAUCUAUAGGUAUAGUACGCGCACGACAAACGGCUGGAAUCGUUCAUUGAAAUAUAAAGAAAACCUAAUAGAGACGAGAAAAAAAUGACACAA